CGCUGCCUGGUGUGAUUGGAGGCAGGGGAGCCCCCCGCGCUGGAGCUGCCCGACGCGCGGACAGACUCGGCUGGCCGCGCAAGUUCUCUCCAGUGGAGCUAGCAGCCGCCCUGGCCGGGCACAUGUGCGAGAGCAUCCAGCGAGGGCUUCGCUGGCGGGCCACCCCCAGCCGUUUGGAUUAAAAGCCUCACUGCAGCAGCCGAUUCAGGGGAAGAGGAGGCAGGUACCUAUUAUACCAUUUCUCUGGUGAAGGCUAUUCAGCAGUGGUGACCUCUUCCAAUCGAACACUCCACGAAUUAUUAUCUCUGGACUCCCAGCUGACACCCUGCCGGAGGCUAGAGCUACUGAGCCAACUGGAAUUGCGCCCACACUCUUAUCAAGGUUUUUUCUUACACAGAGAAAAAAAGAUGAAGUUCGGCAAAGUGGAGUUCUGCCAUUUUUUGCAGAUAAUAGCUCUUUUCCUGUGUCUUUCUGGGAUGAAUCAAGCAGAACUCCCAAAGUCCAGAUCAAAGCCCUACUUUCAAUCAGGGAGGCCGAGAACCAAGCGCAGCUGGGUGUGGAAUCAAUUCUUUGUGCUGGAGGAAUACAUGGGUACAGACCCUCUCUAUGUAGGAAAGCUUCACUCUGAUGUUGAUAAAGGAGAUGGCUCCAUCAAAUACAUCUUGUCAGGCGAAGGGGCAAGUUCCAUUUUCAUUAUUGAUGAGAACACUGGGGAUAUUCAUGCUACAAAGAGGCUGGAUCGGGAAGAGCAGGCCUACUACACGCUCCGAGCACAAGCACUAGAUAGGCUGACUAAUAAACCUGUGGAACCAGAGUCGGAGUUCGUCAUUAAGAUUCAAGACAUCAAUGACAAUGAACCAAAAUUUCUGGAUGGCCCUUACACUGCUGGGGUUCCUGAGAUGUCGCCCGUGGGAACUUCUGUGGUUCAGGUAACAGCUACUGAUGCAGAUGACCCUACUUACGGCAACAGUGCCAGAGUGGUGUACAGUAUUCUGCAAGGACAACCUUACUUUUCUGUGGAGCCAAAGACAGGUAUUAUCAAGACUGCACUUCCGAACAUGGAUAGGGAGGCCAAAGACCAGUAUUUACUUGUUAUUCAAGCAAAGGAUAUGGUUGGACAAAAUGGUGGACUGUCCGGGACCACAUCUGUAACUGUCACCCUGACCGAUGUCAAUGAUAACCCACCACGUUUUCCACGGAGGUCAUAUCAGUAUAAUGUCCCAGAGUCCUUGCCUGUGGCUUCAGUAGUAGCCAGAAUAAAAGCUGCAGAUGCUGAUGUGGGACCUAAUGCUGAAAUGGAAUAUAAGAUUGUGGAUGGUGAUGGCCUUGGAGUUUUCAAAAUUUCUGUUGACAAAGAUACACAGGAGGGAAUCAUUACAAUUCAGAAGGAGCUGGAUUUCGAAGCUAAGACAAGCUAUACACUGAGAAUAGAAGCAGCAAAUAAGCAUGUUGACUCUCACUUUCAAAGCCUGGGACCCUUUAGCGAUAUGACAACAGUGAAGAUAAUUGUGGAGGAUGUGGAUGAGCCCCCUGUAUUUACCUCCCGUUUGUAUUCCAUGGUAGUGUCUGAAGCAGCAAAGGUUGGCACCAUCAUUGGAACAGUUGCAGCCCAUGACCCUGAUGUCUCGAACAGCCCUGUUAGGUACUCAAUCGACCGAAACACAGACCUGGAGAGAUAUUUCAAUAUUGAUGCCAACACUGGAGUCAUUACAACUGCCAAGUCUUUGGAUAGAGAAACUAAUGCUGUUCAUAACAUCACUGUCUUGGCUAUGGAGAGUCAGAACCCAGCACAGAUUGGGAGAGGAUAUGUGGCCAUCACUAUCCUUGACAUCAAUGAUAAUGCCCCCGAGUUUGCCAUGGAGUACGAGACCACUGUCUGUGAAAAUGCUCAGCCUGGCCAGGUGAUCCAGAAAAUCAGUGCUGUUGAUAAAGAUGAUCCACCCAGCGGUCACCAGUUCUACUUCAGUUUGACAGCAGAAGCAGCAAAUAACCACAACUUUACUCUGCAAGACAACAAAGACAACACCGCAUCUGUGCUAACCAGGAGAAAUGGAUUCCGGAGGCAGGAACAGUCUGUUUUCUACUUGCCAAUAUUCAUUGUGGACAGUGGCUCACCUUCACUUAGUAGCACCAAUACCCUCACUAUCAGAGUGUGUGACUGUGAUGCCGACGGCAUAGCCCAAACAUGCAAUGCGGAAGCAUACAUCUUGCCUGCAGGACUUAGCACUGGCGCACUUAUAGCAAUACUUGCUUGUGUACUGACAUUAUUAGUGCUGGUCUUGCUGAUUGUCACCAUGAGACGGCGGAAAAAAGAGCCACUAAUUUUUGAUGAGGAGAGAGAUAUCAGGGAAAACAUAGUCAGAUAUGAUGAUGAAGGUGGUGGAGAAGAAGACACGGAGGCUUUUGAUAUGGCUGCCUUGAGAAACCUCAACAUCAUCCGAGACACCAAGACCAGAAGGGAUGUGACUCCCGAGAUUCAGUUCUUGAGCCGACCAACUUUUAAAAGUAUCCCAGAUAAUGUCAUUUUUAGGGAAUUUAUCUGGGAGAGACUAAAAGAGGCUGAUGUGGAUCCCUGUGCUCCACCAUAUGAUUCCUUGCAGACAUAUGCCUUUGAGGGAAAUGGCUCAGUGGCUGAGUCACUCAGCUCUUUAGAUUCCAUCAGUUCAAACUCUGAUCAGAAUUAUGAUUACCUCAGUGACUGGGGGCCUCGUUUUAAACGACUUGCAGAUAUGUACGGAACUGGACCUGACAGCUUCUACUCAUAGCCUUGGAGCCUUUCUAUGUAAAUGAACUGAAGAAAAACAAAAACAAAAACUCAACAUCUGGACUAAGGCAAGUUGUAAAUAUUUUUCCAUUUUUAACCUUUUAGGGUUUUUUUUGCCUUGGUGAAGCAUAUUUUCAUUAGACUUGUCCUAGGGACUGCACUGACCACACAGAACCUGAGCAUUUGAUGGCAUUUUUGAUAAAAUGAGAUGCUCAGCCAUAUCCAAAUAGAUAGCAACCCUCAUAUACCUGCAGAGGCAAUUAACUUCUAAGAAUAUGUAGUGCACUGUGACUUCAGUGAGCCAAUGAUACCCUAUAGAUGCCUUCACAGUACUGCCGUGUUUAGAUUGUAAAGUCUCUAAUAAGGGAUAAGUAGAAGAGGAAACAAACAAACACAAUCUUCCACUCAGAACAGUCUUACAAUAUAUAUUGUACUUUUCUGAUACAAAAUCUUUUGGCAAAUUUUAUUUACAGUGUUGCAUGCAGCUUGUUUGCUCAAAAAAACAAAACCAAACAAACAAAAAUCCAAACCCAGCAGAAUAUUUUUAUUGGUGGUGAUGAUGGUUAAAAGGGCUGUUUAAUCAGAAAUGUAAAUACCUAGGCUAUCAAAACAAACAAAAAUAAUUGCAAACCAUGCUAAGAAAACCUGCAAUGUUUGUCAUCAACUUAUUGAAAUAAUUUACAAUCCAGAUAAAAUAAAAAACAUGGAAAGGGAUUCUUAAAGUUGAAAACGGUCUUGUGAUGCCUGUGUAGGUACGCAAAAAGUUGCUGUCUAUUUGUUAUUUUUUAUUAUCUCUUCUGAUUUGUACAGGAGAAUUUAUCUUUUUUUUUUUAAUUUGUCAUAUAGAGUUAUAUUUAUUUUGGAGCUCCAGUCUCUGCUAAAUUCAGGUCCAUUUUAUUGCCUUGUGGUAUUAGACUUGUCAGAACAUGCUGAUUUUUCUCCAGUCUCAGAUACAUGAAGGAAAUGAAGCAUGGAAAUGGCGAAAUUACACUAAAGCAAUCAAGCCUGCCAUUCAUCUCUCAGAAAGGAGCACAGCUACAAGGACACACAGUCAUUCUUCUGAGCUAUUACCAUGUCUGAGGCAUUUGAAUAAAAUAUUUGUACAUUGCAUUCUCGAAAGAAGCCUCAGAGGUAGUUGGGAGUGUCCUUAGUGCGAGAUUUAGUUUUCAAGGUCACAUGUCCUAUGAGCUUGGAAGACUUUAAAGACCAUGCUUUUUUCUCCCCUUCUUUUUUGCUGUUAAUGAAUCACAGUAAAAGACAGUUAAAAUUUUCUUUCAUAUGUUAAGCAAUGUAAUGCUAUAAACUCCAGAAUCCAUCUUUUGAUCCUGACUCACAUAAGUAUUUUCCCCAGAGGAAUUAACUUCACAACACAUACUUUCUACACUGAUUCAGGAGUGCCAAAAUAGAAGGACAAUUGCAGUAGCUUAAAAUAUUGUACAAUUUUGAAGUAGGGUUUCUUAGAAUAAAACUUUUUUUUAUAAUUCUGACAAUAUUUAUACUUCAUCUUUCAUGAUUUAUUAUUAGAAAAUAAGGCAUAUAUUCAAGUAACAAUAACGUUUUCUUUUAAUAUUCUUUCCAUUUUUUUUCUUUUGGAAGCAUAUGUAGAUGAGUUCCUAAAUAAGGCCCUGACCUUACAAACAUUAUUCAUGUGUUAAAUUCCAAUGACUUGACUCCGCUAGGACUUCAGAGGCAUGCAUAAGUGUUGAAGGGUUAGGGCCUAAGUAUGCAGCGAGUAGUCACUCCAUAGUGGAUGAGGUUCACCCUGAAAGUGCUUCUUUCUGAAAAGAGGACCCUUAAAGUGGAAUUCUAAUGUAUGGAUUGCACAUGGGGAUGGGGGAAAAUAUCCUCAAGGUUUUGUAAUUCUUGCAAUCCAGCAUUAUCAAUUAACUAUGUGAAAGUGGCCUUCAGCCUCAUUCAAAACAUAAUUUUGAUCAUCUGCAAACAGUUAUUUAAUUUGGAUAACAUUUGUGUAGACAAUCAUUGCUUCAUGAUUCAGUAGAUUUGCUUAUAGUUGUAUUAAAUCUAUAUAUAUAGAUAUAUAGAUAGAUAGAUAGAUGACCGAUUUUGUAAUGGAACUGAAAGAUAAUUA